UGCUGUUCUGCGCCAAUGAGCACGCGCGGACUCAGACUGCGGAGGCCGUGCCCAGGGACCACAACUCCCAGAGUGCUCCGCGCCCUCGCCGCCGCAGCCGCCGCCGCCGUUGCCGAGACCAAGAUGGCCGGGAGUAAGUGCGGGUUCUGUCAGCGCGCGGGGAUGGUACCGGGAACCCCGGGUGGUGCCAGGGGAAUCGCCGCCUUUCUCAGGAAUGUCUGGGCCAAGGAGCCGGUGGUAGUGGCAUCCCUCACCAUCGGGGGUCUCGCUAUAAUUCUGCCUGCCCUCAGCCCCUACGUCAAGUACUCCAUCAUGAUCAAUGAGGCCACACCCUACAACUACCCAGUGCCCCUCCGAGACGAUGGGAACAUGCCUGAUGUGCCCAGCCACCCGCAGGACCCCCAGGGCCCAAGCUUGGAGUGGCUGAAGAAACUGUGAGCUCCUCCAUUGACAGGGAGAGGCCCCCUCCCUGAUGGCCCCCAAUAAAAAUGUGAAAACCACA